AUGUCGAAAAGAAAGAUAGAACAAGGUCCCAUGUCUCAGCUCUUUCAAGGCGUGCCGCCAUCUACAACUUGCACUCGCCCGAUCAUGCCAACGCCGACCAGGAAAUCGUCAUUCCAGCCCCCGUACGCUCUCACGCCUGUUUCCGCAACGGGAGCGACUCUGGAUGAGCUUUCCUUUCCGCAUUUCCAUAGCGAGAUGUUCGGCCUCCCUGACUAUUCGGAAAUUCAUUGUUCGCCGUCGAUGUCGGAUCCUAUCGCCGACCCAUAUACUUGGGAUUUCGACCUUAAUCAGGUUCCUGGCGAUUCAGGCAUUUUCGGACACCACGAACAGUUUAUUCCCAACGGCUUCACCUACCCCCCUUCUCAGAUCCAAACGCCUCUGCUCGAAUACAGUGACUGGUUUGAAAUUAACAAACUAGCCCCCUCUUUUGAGGAGGUUGAAAGCCUAAAGAGUCUUGGGGACUGUCAACAUCUCUACAGGCCGCAAGAGCUAGGGUCGCCAAUAUCAUUCCAGGACCGAGAAGUGCCGGUAUCUCGAUUUGAUCUCUACGGCUCUGUGGUAUCACGGCAUUCACAUGAGGGUUCCGCAUCGAGACCCGGAAGUGCUUCGUACUCAUCUUUUACUCCCGAUAAUUCUAUGGCAUCCAGCCCGCUAGGCGACUCGUAUCUGCAUCUACAACCUCGCUCCGUACCGGAUGGAGUACUUGGGGUCUCUGAAGAAGAUUCUGACUCCGAAAGUGCUACAUCUGACGAACCUUAUGCAAGGCUGAUCUGGAAAGCCCUCAUUUCUGCCCCCGGUCACAAAAUGACUCUUAAGGAGAUCUACGAAUGGUUUGAAAAACACACCAAUAAAGCGAAGAACCCAGAUUUUAAAGGUUGGCAAAAUAGUAUCCGCCACAAUCUUUCAAUGAAUGCUGCGUUUAUAGGAGCCCGAGAUGUAUCUUCUCCCGGUACACUGCCUAAGAAAUCCGGUAAUGUUUGGGUGCUUACCGAAAGUGCUAUAAAGUAUGGAGUGGAGUCAACAACGAGGUAUCGGAAACAAGGCGCUCAGAAAAAGCCUACAAGGUCCGAGAACCCGGCGCCACAGCGACAACGCUCAGGUGCGAAGGGUGGCCGGGCAACAAAAAAAGCAGCGAAGUUUCGACGUGCUCUGAGAGAAGCACAGAGGGUGGAGGACAAUCGCUACUCUUCCAAUCACUUCAAAUCCGAAUUUAUGAAUGACGUUACAAUCCAUACACCGUAUGAUGAGCCACACCGCCUGUCAUCUCCAGCAAUUACAGCAAAAAAUAUCGCCGCGACAAGUUAUAAUUUUGACGACCCCUCCGGCUGCACUGACUUCUCUCCCGACUCCCCAGUCUUCUACAAUAUCACUGGUGCGGCAGAAAAAAGCCUGGCCUCUGGUUUUUCGACCCUGGAUCAAUGGCCAGGCGAUCGGGCCAGAUUCUAA